UGCCUCAAAAAUGCAAGGUCCUGAGUUUAAUCCCUGGUACUGGAAAAAGAAGUAACUGUAUGAAAUUUAUAAUGAUCAAAUUGGGUUUAUUACCAUAUCUAUUACUUCAAAUAUUUUCUUUGUAAUGGGAACAUUUGAAGUCUUCUCCCUUCUCUAUUUUGAAAUAUACAAGAAAUUGUUGUUUACAGUCACCCUAUGGUGCUACAGAGCACCAGAACAUUUUCCUCCUAUCUAACUAUAAUUCUGUAUUCCCAACCAACCUCAAAAGACUUUUUCAAAGUGAAGAGUGAGAAGGAAACAAAAUUAGAGAUGAACUGAGGUAUAAGGAAAAGUUCAGCUGCCUGGUGUUACUCUUCCACUUCAAGUCUUUGCCUCACCUCUAGACUUAACCAAGUGAUUUUUAGUAGCCUUCCCAGCCAUGACAUUGUUGAGUGGGAAGGGCAAUGGGAAUGCUAUCCCAAAGCCAAAUACAAACAUCCACACUUAUUUUAAGCACAAAUAUAAAGGCCCAGAAACUUGAGAAUGAAGGGAGAUAAAUUUUUAGCAGUGGGAUUGUAGAUUAUUAUUUUUCUCUAUUGAGUUAUUUUGUACAAUGACAAUUCUGUUCAUUUGGAACAAAAUGUGUGAUAUAUCCAUGCCUAUACAUUUAUAUCUGUGUAAUUUGUCUUGAAGAAAAAUUUAUAGAUAUGUGCCAGGGAUUUAGCUCAGUGGUUCCACAUGGGGAAAGCAAAGUUUCUGAUGUACAAAGGCUUAAGACAGUAAGUUCUCCUCGGUUUGGAAAGAGAACAGAGACUGCAAAAUUCCUGAACAUUUUCUACUUCAUUGUAUUUUCCAACUCUUACCUCAGUCAUCUGUACUUUCUUUUUUUUUUUUUUUUAACUAAAAUGAAUUCAGUCUUCAUUACAAUAUUUCACCUUGCUAAAUUCCUGGACCAAAGAAUGAAAAUAAAGAGUUUUUUGACCACUGCUUCUUAAUUUCCAUUGCUAGACUGGACAGAAUGAGCCCUUGCUCUAGGAAGUUGGCACGGGGGAUAUUUAUUAGCAGUCUAACAGGGACCCCUGCCAAGGAACAGAUUCUCUAUGAAGGAGCUGGACAUCCCCUAGCCUAGACAGAAUAUAGGAAACUUGGCCACCAUUUGGUCAGUUCUGGCCAGGCAAACUGAACCCUGAAUUCCGAUCCCAUCAAUAUCUUUUAAACUGAGAAAGAGUUCUUGUUCAGGUCUUUUCAGAUUCUUAUAGGAAACACUACUCUAUGCUACUUCCCCAUACAGAUUGGUUUUAACCAAGGCCAAGCAUAGAUAGGGUGGGUUUUCUAGACCAUGACGGCCCAGAUCUAACUUUCAGAACAUUUACCAUGCUGCCCAGGAUGCCUUGACUUCCCUGGGAUAUUCCCUUGUACAGAAAGAAACUGGCUUUGAAGGAAGCAUUUGAUUUUGCUUCAGUACUCCACGUGUGGGCUAAGGGCAACCCUCUCCUUGACAAUGAAGCGUGGGCUGGGACAGCGCGUCUCCGCCUCCCUGCGUUGCCUAGGAGACCGUGAGUGUCCGGACUUAGCUGCAGCCAGACCAGUCCAGGCUAACCGGAGCGGUGCUUUCUGCAGGGAGAGCAGCCUUUUCCUCCUCGAAUUCCUGGCUCUUAAGAGAUUUGUUUCUUGGCUUUUCCUGCCCCACCCCCACUCUUGGGCACUUGUGGGUUCCCAGCUGGAGUGGGAAUUGAGACCCAACAGCCCGAUGCGUUUCCCGGACAAUGGCUUCCCAGCAGGGGCGUCCCUCCAGGCCUGCGCCAAGAUGUCGUCAGUGCGGAAGGCGACCCAAGUUCCCAGCAGCAAAGUCUACCAGCAGAUCUUCCAGGCUCAGGUGCAGUUGGUCCACUCCUUGGCAGCCACCAGGAUGCGUGCUGUUGAGCAUUCUGUGAGCCCAAAGAGCAACAGGCUACCUGUGAUGAAGAAGGUGGAGAUUCCCCAAGGGGAGACAAUGACUCCUCGGCAGCGGAAGUGGAUGCAUAGCCUCCCCAAUGAUUGGAUCACAGAAAACCCUGUUCUGUUCAGGGAAAAGGAGAAAGCCAGAUGGGAAAAGGCACAAGAGAGUGAGAGCCAGAUUGCUGCCCGAGAAGUGCGAGGCCUCAUGGACACCAUCGUGCCAGAGAGAACAAGCACCAUCACCUUUGAAAGGCAAGAAAAGCGCAAGAGGAGGAACUACAAUGAUGCUCUGGCAAGCUUUCAUGAGGAAAUCGCACAGAUUGGGAUGGAAAUGGAACCUCUCAUUUUGGAGACAGGGGGACUUUUUUUGAAAAAGCUGUCUGAGUCUGAUGAAGACAUCAACAGUCUCUUCAAAAAGGUGGAAAACGACACCAGCCUUGAGGACUAUACCAUCCAAACCUUGUUGGAGCUAUGGGAUAAGGUGGCUGAGAGGGUCCUGGUCCAGAAGCAGGAUAUUAAGGAACUGGAUGAGACGCUGCUCUCGAUAGAGUUCUCCAGAGCGGAUAAGCUAAAGAGUGUGUUCAAGAAAUAUGUGGAAAUCAUAGAGAAAACAACCUACCUCUUGCAGCCUGAUGUGUACAGGCUGAUAAAUAAAGAAGCCAUGAUCAUUAACCAUGCCCUGCUGGGCAACCGGAGGGCCAUCGCCCAGCUGUAUGUCAACCUGUUGGAGGCUGCCCUGCAGAUGGAGCUUGACAGCCACCACCGCUGGCAAGGUUUAGUGGACACCUGGAAGACCCUCAAGAAGGAGGUGCUGCUGCAGGGUUUCAGUGAGUUCAUGACCAGUGAGAGUAUCCAGUCUCCUCCAGCCGUACAGAAGGAGCUGGAGGAAAUGCUGAAGACCCAGGGUGUCCUGCAGCAGAAGCGGCAGGAGCAUCUUCACACGAUCUGUAACCUCUUGCCCCCAAAUUACAACAAAGCCAAGCUGACUGCAUGGCAAUCUUCUCUCAAUACCCUCAACAAGGAGCUUGACACCUACCACAUGGACUGCAUGAUGCGGGUCCGCCUGCUGUAUGAAAAGACAUGGCAGGAGUGUCUGGCCCAAGUGCAGAAUUGCAAGAAGCAGCUGCUGGACUGUAAGGCCUUCACCGAGGCAGAGGCUGAGAACCUGGUGAGCCCGACCUUCCUGGCAGUGGGUGCGCUCCAGAACAAGGUGGAGGAGGAGCUGGAGCUCCUGGAUAGUUCCUUCGAAGCCCUGGCCAAGCAAACAGAGUGGCAGAGCUCAGAUCUCUUCAGGUACUUCCAGGAGGCCAUGAAGCUAUGGGAGGUGCACCAGAGCAUUCUAUCGCAGCAGGAGCUAGAGCUCGAGAAGAGGAUGGAGCAUUACAGGCAGAGACACAACCUGGAGAACCAGGCCCAGGAGGUACACUUUGAUAAGCUCUUAGACCAGCUGAGGCAGCAAAGUCAGGAAGAAACACUGAAGAUACACCUGGAAAAGGCCAGAAAUUUUCUGAAGAACAUGAAAUCUGGGUAUGAGUGCUUUCACCUCCUCCUGACCAAGGAAGUGAUGGAGUACCCAGAAAUCAUACUGGAAGAACUCAACUCCUACAGCUCCAAUCUCAGCCAGCAUUUCUUCACUCGUGAAAUCUUCCAACAGAACUUGCUUGGGGAAGUCAUUUUCAAAGUCAGACAGCAAGAGGUGUAUGAAAAGCAUUUCCUGCAGAAGAUAAGGAGAAGACAAAGUUCUAAAGCAGAAAUAAGCAGAAGUGAAGAAAGCAUAAAUAGAGGGAUGGAUUCUGUAAGGUCAACAGAAGAGAUGGAAGAAGAAAAAGGCCAAGAAAUUGUGUCCUCUGGAACUGAAGAGGGACUGAGUGACCAGAUAGAUGAAUCCAGAGAGGGCUCUGUGCAAGGGUCAGAAGAAAUGCAGGGGGAAAGACAGAACUCCUCAAAAACAUCCCUGAGCCUGGAAAAUGUGAGCGUUCAGGAAGAGAAAGAGAAGGCAAAGGAGGAGGAGGAAAAGAAGGAAGAAGACAAAGCAGAGGAGGAGGAGGGGGAGGAAGCACAGGAAGAGCAAGAGAGUUUCUCUGUGGGUGAGGCUGAAGCUCAAGAAGAAAGUCUGGAGGAUAUGUAUUAUGAGGACAUGGAGUCCUUCACCACCUCCAGUGGAAAUACUUAUUUUGUCCUCUUAUCUCUGGAAAAAGAAGAGAGAUCCAGGAGGCCUGAUUUCAACUUCUCAGCCGCACUCAUCAACAACACUCCCAGCACUAAGUUCAUAGAACAAGUGACAAUUCCAUCCAGACUAGUUUUAGAAAUUAAGAAACAACUUCGAGCUGGCUUUUUUGAACACCUCGAGAAGUGGUUUGCUCAGUGUGCCCUCAAUGCCCGGGUCAUCGUAGCUACCAAGAUCAGUGAACUGGAUUCGGAAUUGGAGCUGCGUCUGCAUCUGCACAAGCCAAGAGUUCAGCACGUAGAGAAGGACAUCCACAACGUCAGAGCAGCUGAGCUCUUGCUUCACAAAGAACAGUUGGACAGCCACUGUGCUGGGGUAGUGGAGACACUGAAGAAAGAGAGGCUAAUGUUCUGCCAGUUCCAAGAAGAGCAAAAUACAAAGAGCAAUAUCUUUCACCGCAAGAUCUAUGACAUGGAGCACAUCUUCCUGAACACCACCAAGAGCCAAAAGCUGGUCAUUCUCAGCAGCACACUGCACCGGGAGCUGCUCAGCUAUGUUGAUGUCACCCAGGUGUCCCUGCGCAGCUUUCGACAGUACUUGGAGGAGAGCCUGGGCAAACUCCACUAUACCAACAUCGAAUUCCUCAAGCACUGCAGAUUAUUUUCAGAAGGAGGCAACUUUUCCCCUGAAGAAAUCAACUUACUGUGUCAUCGCCUGGAGAAGGAAGCUUCUCGGAUCGAGUAUGUUGAAAGUUUAAUCAUAAUGAACAUGGAGAAGAUGGAGAGUGAAUACCUGGACCAGGCCAAUGAUGUCAUCAACAAAUUUGAGAGUAAAUUCCAUAACCUGAAUGUGGACCUUAUUUUCACAGAGAAAAUCCAGAGAUUGAUGACAAAUCUACAAGUGAACAUCAAAUGCCAGGUGGCAAAAUCCAACUUGCAGACAGAAGGAUUAAAUUCUUCUCUGGAAGAGCUUCAACGCAAGAUAGAAGCUUGUAGAGACCCAAGAGGAGAUAAGAGAGUGGUGACCACAGAAGACCUCCUGGGCUGUGUCAGAACUUGGAAAGAAAAACUGAACCAGAGGAUUAAGUACCUCAAUUGCAGCCUGGAUAUGGUACCUGUGACUCAAGAGGUCUAUAGGGAUAAUGCCCUGACUGAUCCGGAGGUAGAGAGUGACAAUAAGAUGUCUUCUGGGACCCUCGAGGAGGAGGCCAAGAUGGGCCUAGUCAACCCUGAGUCCUUUGCACAGCCAUCCCGCAUGGGGAGGCCAUUGAUUGAAGACCCUGCUGUGGAGGUGGUCAAGAAGAUCCUGCAAUUUCCCAAUACAAGAUCACCUCACCAGUGUGACAAAGACCAGACACACACAGUUUUGAAGCGACAUCAUUGCCGGGCAGAAAGCCCUAUGAGGAAGGCCUUGCCUAGUACCAGUUCUACCUCAGCAGCAAGCCUUGCACGGCAUUCCAAACUCAUCAAAAUGGAAAGAAAGUACCAGGUGCUUGGGGAUAAGUCUCCUCCUCCGGCUGAGGACUUUAAAGGAAUCAUCCUGACCCUCCUAUGGGAAAGCAGUGAGCACAUGCUGUCUGUUGCAGAGGAUUUUUACCGAAAAGAGAAGCACCCAGUCACCAGGCCUGACUGCAUGUAUGAGACUUUGGACCAGUGUACUGAGCACAUCAGUAAGAAGAUCCUAGAGUACCGGAGCCAGACAGAUGAGUACCACAACUCCUGCCUCAUGGAAUUGCGAGUCCAGGUGAAGAGAUUUGAGGAGCUGCUGCCCCAGGUAUGUUGGCUGGUGACAGAGAAUUUUAAGGAUCAACACUGGCGAAAGUUUUGCACCACCAUGAAAGAUAUGCAGGCAGAAUUUGAGGAGCAGCAGAAGCAGCUGGAGAGAAGGAAGGAUCAGAAUGCCCAGAAGCUCCACCCAAAUCUUGGACAUCCCCAAAAUUUCCAGCAAAUGAAGUCUUUACAUGCUUCAGAAAAGAAAAGACAAGACGAGCUGAACCAUGUGAUCAAGAUGAUCAGGGAAAGGUUGGAGGAAUUUGCCAGGAACUACAGCCACUUUUUCAUCACCAGCUUGGCCACUUUCACCGAGAAGCUUCUGUUUCAGCUGGAUGAAGUGGUUACCGUGGACGACAUCCAGGUUGCAAGGAUGGAGCCCUCCAAACAGAAAAUGUCAAUCCUUAUACGGAAGAGACUGGCCAGGCUCCCCCUGGAGGAAGAGACUGAGAAGCCUCUGAUUGAACGUGGGAGCAGGAAGUGGCCGGGAAUCAAGCCAACAGAAACCACCAUCCAAAACAAGAUUCUUGUUCAGAAGACACACUCAAUAACCACCUCUAAGACCACCCUGGGCCACCUGGCUGCAGUGGAAGCCCGAGAUGCAAUGUACCUGAAAUACUUAGCACUGUUUGAGGAGCAGUUGAAGAAGAUCCGUGAUGACAAUGCAACACAAGUGAAGCAGGCUCAGUGCUGGAAAGAUAGCUGGCUGCGCUCCUUGGACACCAUCCAGGGCCUGUACCUGUGACCUCACCCUGC